GAAACAAUCCCAACCAAAUAAAAAAAAAGUUCUGACAAUAGAUUCUGACGCCAUGGCGAUGACCUCAGAGGUCACUGCACCAGUGAAUUUCUUUUUCCAUCAUGUGAUAUGUGCUAGUUGCUGAGGAAACUGGGUUCCUCUUUUUCGGUGGUGGGAUUAUUCAAAUUCGAAAAAAAGAGAUUUUGAUCAAACAAAAGAAGAAAUCAACCCGAAUAGUAAGGCAUACGUAGAAGGCAUCAAGGUAGGGGACCUUAUAGAGUCACUGAACGGGCAGAAGACAGAAGGACUCUUACACAACGAUGUGCAGCAACUUAUCAAGAUUGCCAGUGGAGAGUUAGCACUACAACUCAACAGAUCUGGCUCAGCCGUCAUGAAUGGACAAAUGAACGGAGACUUGCAUACCCACUCGCUGGAGAAUGUGUCAGGUGGCGGGAUUUCUAGGUCAUCCAAUAAAACCAUGGAUACUAGUCGCUAUGGAGAUGGCCUUGCAUCUAAAUCUUUUUCUUCUGUUUGGUCCCCUAAGGGGGAGCAGACCACAAAGUCCUAUAAACCAGUGUCCUUCUCCAACAACCGUGUGGCUACCACAGCUACCACCAACAGCACCACCUCUGUGCGGCCCGCCACAUCAUCAUCGGUCACAGUGCACCCAAGUCUUGGUCGAAUAUCCAGGUCUGUCCCGUCAAGCCCCAGAUUUAGGUCCAAACUCAUGGUCCCUAUAUCUCCCAAACCUCUGCAGAGGAUCAGGGAUUCCUCCUGGGACCGCUCCUCCCCCAGUCUCUGGUCCACCUCCUAUUACACCAGUGACUCUGCCCGCUCAUCACCGGUCAUUUCACCAGCCAUUCAGCGGCGGCACUUGCCCAAACCCGCACCUCCUCCCAAACCCAAGAGUAAACCGAUUCCUAUAAUGGGUUCUAAGAGUCUGCCUGAAGCAGAUACCCUGAGCAAUUUCACUACACCCAGUGCUUCCCCGGGUAGCUCCUCAAAGGGUCUGGAUCUGUUCUUCCGACAGAUGGAAAAAAUAUCAAAGUUAGGCAGCGAUGAGCAAGACCCAUCCCAAACAAAAAUAGAUGAACAGUCCCAGACCGUCAUGUCUCUAACGCCAGAACCUCCAUCCAUGUUUGCAGAUUCGCAGCCAAGGGAACUUAAGAUACAACAUGUGAACACUCCUAAAAACUUUCAGCAUAUGGGGUCCCCCCAAGGCAAUACCAACCCACCAGUCACCAGAGAGAUCAAAAUCGAACACCAUCCACCUUCACAAGGUAGGGAGAUCAAGAUACAACGAGCAACUCCACCCUCACAUGGAAAAUUCCACACUGUGGCUUCCUCUCCACAAACCCCAACUUAUGCAAAGUUGGAUAAGGUGGAUGGUACUCCUACCUCAGUCAAAGGCUUUGACGGAUGGAGUCCAGGCAGUGAACCGAAGCUACAGAGCUUCUCAAGUGAGGCAACUUUCACUCCUGUACAAAAGGACAGUAGUUUUGCAAAGGCAGACGUGUCUGAAGGUGCACAUACUCCGAGAAAAGUUCAUGAAAUUCCAAUUCAGUAUUCUUAUAUGUCACCCAAGCAAACCAGCUCAGCAGAAACACCAGUCAGCCAUUCGACUCCUAAAGAACAUCAUGUGAGAAUUGAACAGUCUGUUCCACAGGAAAAGUUUGUUCACAUUGAACAAGCUGCACCUUCUGAACAGAAAGUGGAAGUGGAGCGCCCUGUUCCAAUUCAUCACUCAUUCAAACAGGAACAUUCAAUGGCUUCCCCCAAAAAGUCAGUUGAAAUUGAAAGACAGGUCCCAGUUCAGUAUUCAUAUAAAAAGGACUCUCCUGUCCCAAUGGAACAGACAAUAGAGCCUGUGCUGGUAGAGAAGCCAAAUCCUGUAAAGCAUAUAUUUGAAAGGCAACAUGCACAGGAUCGUUCUAUGGAACUGGAGUGUCCUCUUCCAGCAAAACAAAACCCUUCCAGAGGUCAUAACUUACCUCUAGAAAAUUCUGUUCCACUGACUAUACAGACAUCAUCUGCCCCAGAUACAAGGAAUUCCAUCACUGAAGAAACCAGGUCCUAUGACUCUGGAAUAACCAGUCGGGGAUCCUCUUGGCAGAGUGAGAACUUUGGGAAAGGGCAGGCUAAUAACUACAGUCCUGGGUCUUAUGCUACAUUACCUGUGAAGAAAUCACAACAGAAAAUUGUGGCAGAGCCUGAUUAUGAUGAUGCUGAAUUUCACUCAUAUUCAACUCUUCCAAAUUUUAAGAAAAAUCAAGGACACAGAGGGUAUGAAAGUGAGGCUGAAUAUGGAAGGAAGCCUGACUUUCGAUCAAAGUGGGCCCCACAUAAAACUCAGCAACCGAUAUCUGAGGGUUAUUCCACUGAUGUUGAUUUCUUUGUUAGGGAUAAUCGUAGCAUUGGAAAAGGUCCUGCUAAAGGCUCUAGCAAACCUAUUCAGAUGGGGAAAGGCCCAAAACCAUUUGACAGGGACUAUAUGUCUGAUUUGAAUAACAUAACACAAGAGCUGAUGUCCGGGGUGGAUGCAUACUUUGGUACCAAGGAUAAAUCUUCAAAGAAACCUGAAGAUAAAGAUCAGAGCUUCACAUCUUCACAAGACAACCAAAGUGGUGUGUAUUCUGUGAAAAGUCCAAGUUUUACUCCUGGAGACAGUCAGAGUUACACAUCACCAAGAGAAAUCCAAAGUCUAGAUAACAGUUUCAGCAGUAGCUACAGAGAGCCGUCCCCUGAACCUAAACAGGUAGAUCUAGGGAAAAAGAUAGGAAGUUUAUUUUCGAGUCCACCAAAGCAAGUCGUGGAGACCUCAGACAAUGAGAGUUAUCCACGCUUGCCGGUACCGGAGGGAUUUGAAGAUUCUGGGAGCGAGACCUUGCCAGAGGAGCAGAGGGACAGAGCGAGGAUGCCCUGCCCCCGAUUUGUCCAGCUACAGGUUCACCAUGAGGAGGCUCCUCCCAGCAUUUCUCACUGUGAUAAACAAGGUUCAGUGAAUGACAACAGAGAUGAGUAUGGGCAGCAGCCAAAGCAAUUCAACAACUUGGAUCAACCAGAACCAGAAUCUCGGUCCUUCUUCGAACAGCAGAAAGCCAAGUCCCCUCGGUCCCCUACUAAUCUGGUGAAGAGCACUCCUGCUAUCUGGAAACCUUCCGGUCCUUCCCUAGUAAAGAAGGAGUACAAACCGGUGCGACUGGAUACCUCACCCAAACCGGAAAAACGGUUCAACCAAAAGAAAGAAGAGCAAAUAACCUCCCCACCCCAAGAGGAAAGCUUCACCAGCCACUCUGCAGCGGACGAUGACAGCAGCAUGACAGACAGCAUGCUGUCUGGUUACUCCUAUGGGGCCCCGCCGCCCACUGCCUUCACUACUGCCUCACCCACCAUCAGCACGGACACUGGCCCCUCCAACACCUUCGCCUCCCACGGACACAUGAACGGGGGCCAGGAGAGGGACGUGGACAGUCGUCACUACCCCCACAGAGAGGAACCCAGUAUAAGCCGACUGCCGUCCACUCAGAGUCCCUAUGUCACACUGCUGCAGAAAAACAGAGAGAACGGCUAUGAGGAUUUGAUCUCCGACCAUCCAACUGUCGUAGUUACACAGGAAGGUCAAAUACCUAAAGGUGCAAUAUAUAUCUCGGAGCAAAGCUCAGUAAACGGAGGCGUGAAGACCACGGAUACAUACUAUGCAAUGCCUGCCAAAGAGGAAAUCACGGACUCCCAAAUCGUGGAACGAAAACCAAAGAAGUACGAUGGAAUCGGACCCAUCGACGAGAAGGGCAUGCCACUGGCCUUCAGAAUGAAUGUGGAUGAAGAAAAGCAGCAUGACUGGUACAAACAAAUGUUCAAGAGUCUCCACAAAACCGGCAAGAAAGAAGAGCUCAUGGACACAAGCUGGAUCAAAGUCUCUAGUACUAGAUCUGUCAAAAAUAUUUUCGGAACGGACUCAAACUCCUACAAACCAACAUAUGCAUUUCCUGAGGAGAAAGAAGCUCCAAAACCUAAAGAUCCAGAACCUCCUAGUCCUCCUAAACUUGUCGUAAAAGAGGAACCAAUCUCCAAAGAAAACCCUUAUCGUCCAAGUUAUGAACUGCCAUCCAAAUUCACCAGCUCUGCCACCCUAGACAAAGCAUCCACCCUUCCCUCCAAGUCACCAUCCGUGGCUGAAGCCAAGAAAUCAUUUGAACAGAAACGAGAUACGUUUUCUGGAAAACCUAAGCAUGAUGUAGAUGCCGGGUAUAGAUCUGAACCUGAGCUUAACUACAGACUGAAACAAAGAACGAAAAGUCUGUCUGACGUCAAGAGCAGAGAACCUCGCUCAAUAGACUAUGAAAUGCCCAAAGACUUGCAAGAUUUCAUCAAAUAUUUAGACGAGUGGUCACCACCACAUGUGCGUUCCAAGAUCGAGAUAUAUAGAAACCAGCCCCGUAGCAUCGUUGAUUACGAACCAGGAUUUUCAUCCAUUGCCUUUCAAGAGAGCAAAGUGAGCACCGGUGGGAGGAAUAGGUCUAAAUCCACUAGUACCCCCUUCACUACCUUUGAGAAUAAGUGUCGGAAGGAGAGAGAGGAACAGGGCAUUGUUCAUAACCCACCCAUAGAGAAGCCUGGACAGUUCAGUCGAUACACUGAGGGAAAGAAACAAGGAUCUGCCCCGCUGAAUCUCAAAGACGAGGAAAAUGGAGACCCUGUCGUGGCCUACAAGAUGGUCCAGAAGGGGGGAGACAUCCCUAUCAAGGGCCUUCAGAAGCCUGCCCCAGAGAAACCAUCCAAAAAGAGAGCAGAGCAGGACCAGGCGGUGCCUCCAAAGGUCCCUCCUCCUCCUCACUCACCUCAACCUCAGCUCAUACCUCACUUCUACAAUAUAUACGAACCAGUUGUAGUCAGGGUAGAUAACCACUUGGUUAACGGGGCACCUGCCCCUCCCGUACGGAAGCACCCUAUCACGAUAGGAGGUUACAAGUUGCCUCGGCAACGUAGUAGCCUAUCGGCGGCCGAACAGCUAGGGGUCACAAGUCCUUCCCCAAUCAAAUCCAAUGGAGCUUUCAAACACACCACCUCUGACCAGAGGAAGCCAUCUCCAGUUAACGACCCCAAAUACAUGCGACGGAAAGAGGAAGAGGAGGAGUAUAGACGAAGGCGACUGGAACAGCUUUACGAGGAGGAGAGACGCCGAAAAAUACUUCAGGAAGAGGCUGAUAUUGAGGCUAGGCGACACAACGAUUUCUUUACCAAUCCCAAUAACAUAAAUCAAGACCCCAAUAUGACUCCCUCUCAGAAGUCGCCGAUACCAGCGGACCGAUUUGACGAACCUGUGACCAUCAACACUCACUAUGGAGUCCCCGCCGACAGGAGGAGAGGCUUCCAGAUUCAGGGCAAAGCCAAGGCUCUGUACACCUUCAAUGCUCAAAAUCCCAGGGAACUUUCUUUCAAGAAAGGUGACAUCUUGUAUCUCCUUCGUCAAAUAGACAGAAACUGGUUUGAAGGAGAGCGUUAUGGCAGAAAGGGAAUCUUCCCCAGUAACUACGUGGAGGUGAUCACCUCCAUUGAGCAGGCCCAGGAGGCAGCCCGGCAAUCAGAGGGACAGGCCCGGGCCAGAUACAACUUCAACGGACAGACUAAUGUGGAGCUUUCCUUACGCAAGGGAGAAAUUGUGACACUACUGAGAAGAGUGGAUGAGAACUGGUUUGAGGGACGAGCGGGAAAUCGCCAGGGCAUUUUCCCGGUGGCCUACGUGGAGGUGGUUAACGAGCCCUCUACACCACUGGUCACCCCUGCCCCCUCUGUUAUCACCACACCUAUGACAGGUAGAGGUACUCCAGAGAUGCUGUCCCCAGUUAGUAUGGAGGCCCCCACCCCUCCCCCUCAGCCAUCCCCAGGAGCAUUCUCCCCCAAAUCACCAGCAGCCUACAGAUAUGGAAACAGACAGAGUGAAAUAUCUCCACAACAUGUGCAGGGCUAUCACGCGAGCCCUGGCCUAGAAAAGACAAUGUCCCCACGUUAUUACGACAGAAUGGACAACGGACAUGCCCCCCAUUACAAUGGAGGGGAAUCUUAUCAGUAUUCACAACGAUCAAGGCAGAGCCCCGGGACGGGGCGAGGGCCCCUGUCCCCCUCACACUCUGACAGACAAAUGGGAUACUCCCCCAGUGCUAAUAAAAACUAUAUGGAAAACAAUAAUGAUCAUUAUAGGAAUAAGAAUGUAGAUGAGGAUUUAGCCUUAAGUAGAUAUCGAGCUAUUUAUGCAUAUAAGCCCAUGAACGAUGAUGAGCUGGAAUUAUGGGAACAGGACGAGGUAUAUGUAAUGGAGAAAUGUGACGAUGGAUGGUACGUCGGAACCUCUUGUCGGACGGGGAUGUUUGGAACCUUCCCCGGAAAUUACGUACAACGAGUUCAAUGACAAGAGGGAAAAUUUCAUUGGCUGCAGACUGCUAACAAGAAUCAUCCAAUCAAAUUACAAGAUAGUUAUCCAUCCG